UCAUAGCACAAGGCCUUCGACUCUGUCCAACCUAAUUAUUUAACUAAUUUGCCCAAAGAUGUUCAGUCUAAACCGUGAGCAAGACUCUGAAGCCUACAGAGUGUCUGGGUCGGCGUUGGAGGAAGAUCUUUCGCUCCUUAGGCGGCGAAUGAUCCAGGCCGGCAAGUGUUACUGUUUGCUUAUCUUGGCCACCCUAGCCUGGCUGGCAUUCGCACAUACCCUCGAUCACCAUCCCAACAUACUUCAAUCGGUCAGCUUCACCAAGUUCAACCUCGAUGUUCCCUCCUUUCCGGUCCAGGAUCUGUUUGCCCACUUCAAGCCGAUCGACGACUCGAUCCCCCCACUCAACGUGAGACCGUACCAGGACGGCCUCGCCGGGUCGACCCUCAACAAACCCGUCGAACGUAUCACGCUGUCGAGAAUCGUCGGCCGCAAAUUCAGACUCAAUGAUCGCAAGGCUUUGAGAACUACUCAUUGA